CUGACUACACAGUCUGAGCCUUCAAAUGUUGUUUGCCGACGGCACGGGAAUACACACAAUCACCUCUACCGCUUUCACCGUAACCGAAUGCGGUUAGACUGGACGGGCGGGAAACUCAAUAAUUGUCAGCGACGUGGCGUUGAUAGAAUCGAUCCUGUACUGGUACAGAAUUUGAGAAUACGGUUCCUUUCGGAUGAUAUCGUAGUAUGUGGAGGUGGGUGUCAUUGUGGAUACAAUGCUGGAAUGCGGGGAAAGUGUAGUGUUUGUCACCAGCAGUCAGUCGGAAUCCUACAUAUGCGCCUCCGGGUGUAAGGCAUAUCGACGGCAUGGGGAAGGGUCUAGCUAAUGGUGUAGUGGCGGCAGUAACCGAUCAUCGUAAUCAUGACGUGCAUUUGAACAACCACCUUUCGUCAACUUCAUCCGAUGCUUCAUGACGACGGAUGUUACUGCCAUAAGAGAGCUGUUUAUCAUGCCAGCACAAAUACAACACUGCCAACGCAUGUUGUGAAGCUUUCCAACAUUCGAUGACAAAUACCAAAAGCUAUGUGACAGUUGACGAGCGCGAUAUCAAUUUGGAUCGCGCAGACAUCCACCGGAAAAGUCGCAUCGAACUUCCCCAAAAAUCGCCCGACUCUUCGAAUGACCACCGUGAAAACCAAGAUGAAGAAGAAAAGAGAAAUAAGUCGACCCUACACCGGGUAAGAGUAUCCGUGAGCGAAAAAAAACACGAUACAGCAGUCAAGAUCAAGAAAACCCUCCACAUCUCCAAGGAAGCCGGCACAGGUAGUAGGAUCAUUGAUGAUGAUCUCCAGAAUGAUGCAUCUGCUCUUGCAAACCCCGUUCCCCAGAAAUCGGAUUCCAGGCUGAAGGAGAAGCUACCCGUGCCGGAAAAAGCCACUGUGAAGGACUUUCUACAUAACCCCAUCGAUAUCACGAAGAAAAAACUGAAUGACCGUGGAAACUCGGAGGCGGCUGCCAAUUUGGCAGCGAAGGAAAUUUCGCAUGGCCAGGAGGUCGAUCUUCUGCACGCGCACGACCAAUUGCAGAACGCGAGUACUGAUGCGGAGAAAAAGGAAAUGACUGAGACGUUUGGAGAGUUGAUGAAGGAGAGACAGAAUAUGUUUGUGAGGUGGACUGCGGACAGACAUAUCACGAAGGUCAGAAUUCUACCAAAGACAACGUUUGUGAGGAAGAGCAUGCAAGAGUUUAUGAGGAAAGAUCCAGGGGGAAAUGUUGCUAUGGACUGGCAGGCGUAUGUUCAGCAUCUUCUGGAGUACAGUGCCCAGCAGUACGGUGGGCAGUAUAUUGGAGCUGGCAUGGAUCACCCCAAGCCUUCGAAGAAAACUAUCAUGCCAAAUAUCGAGCGACUCGUUGUCGCAUCGGCUCCUUUUCAAGAGUUCAUCAUGACUACUCGCCGCGUCUAUCGGUGGGAAAACCGCUUAGAGACACUCAAAUACCUCAUGGUAUACACUGCACUUUGGUACAUGAAUCUCGUGUUUCCUGGAAUACUUUCCGUAGUCGUCUACCUCGUUAUCCACCGGCAAUGUAGCCCGAAAACCAUGGAAAAUCUCCGUCAAGAUAUCGAGCGUACUGAAGACCGCCAUCAAACCGCCCUAACCUUGACCGAAUUCAUUGAGAAAGAAGGAUCCGAAGAAUGGGCGGACAAGAUCAUCGAGACUGUCGGACCAUGGCUGAUGAUUCAGUUAGCCGACAUGGCUAACCUUUUUGAAGUCAUGCGAAAUUUCUACGAAUGGCGCGUUCCUAACCGCACUCUCGCCACCCUCUUCAUCCUCAUCUUCGUCAUUCUCGUUUCGACGUUCGUCCCCGCAUGGCUCUUCAUCCGCGGUCUCACUUUCAGUGCCGGCGUCACGUUCUUCGGGCUAUUCCCAAUCUCAGCGAACCUACCAGAAUACAGACUUCUCGCAUCGAUCCCAAAGCGCUUGUUCUGGGAUAUCCCAACACACGGUGAAUGGGCCAUCAAAGCAAUCCAAGCAGAAGCAACACGCUACGCUGAAUCUCGUCCCCUCUCACCGUCCUCCCCUUUUAAAUCUCAGGACCACGACUACAGUUCUUACACCGCAACCCAUAACUCAACCUCGGGUCACCUCAUAAUCUCACAAUCAUUCCUCCGCUUCGUCUCACCCACCACCACCAUGUGUCGCAUUCUGUACACACGGCUCGACCGCGUGGAGAAAGUCGAUCGUGUCGUCGACAAAAAUAUUCCGUUCAAAGGGAGGGGACAUAAUGGGAAGGAUUUGAAGAUUGUGGAGUUGAUGGCGGGGACAAGGGAAGAGAGGAGGGAAUGGCUUUUUGAGAAUAUGGCGGAGAGGGACCAAGCUUUUACGCAGGUUCUGGGGUUUGGUGGUGGGGUUUGGCAGAUUGUUUGGUAA